UUGCGCAGCCAGACAGAAAGGGGGCUCCUGGAAACAGGCGGCAGGGAGCUGAUGGAGUGACACAAAUGGACAGUGGAGUCGGAGCUGGGCUGCUGCUCGGAAUCGGUUCCUGCAGCAAAGUGAAAGAAGUAGUUUGAAGAGAAGGAAAGAGCGAGGGAAAGUAUGGCUGUGAGUAAUUGUUUCCAUCUGGAUCUAUGCAAACUUGCGAGCGCUCGGUGGCUGUUUGUGCUUCAUCUGUUUCUCCAAGGUUUGGGACCCGUGCGGUCACAGGGACAGUACAACAGCGAAAGGGGCAUCUCAAUCCCUGACCACGGCUUUUGCCAGCCCAUCUCGAUCCCCCUGUGUACGGACAUUGCCUACAACCAGACCAUCAUGCCGAACUUAUUGGGACACACGAAUCAGGAGGACGCCGGCCUGGAAGUUCAUCAGUUUUAUCCGCUGGUGAAAGUGCAGUGUUCGCCCGAGUUGAAGUUUUUCCUCUGCUCCAUGUACGCCCCGGUGUGUACGGUGCUGGAGCAGGCUAUCCCCCCGUGCCGAUCGCUGUGUGAGCGGGCCAGGCAGGGCUGCGAGGCGCUCAUGAACAAAUUCGGCUUCCAGUGGCCUGAGAGUCUCCGAUGCGAAAACUUUCCCAUCCACGGAUCUAUCGACCUGUGCGUCGGACAGAACAACACGGAGAAAGGGAGUCCGACCUUGGAUCCCACCCAGUCUUUGCCUGACGCCGGCACCAUUUACCCCCGGGGUUACCCCAGCAGGGAGCAGUUCGUUUGCCCCCGGGUUUUGAAAGUGCCCACCUACCUGAACUACCACUUUUUGGGCGAGAAGGACUGCGGGGCUCCCUGCGAGCCCUCCCGAAACAACGGCCUGAUGUAUUUCAACGAGGAGGAGCUGAAGUUUGCCAGGAUUUGGAUCGGGAUCUGGUCGGUGCUGUGCUGCGCCUCCACUCUCUUCACGGUGCUGACCUACUUGGUGGACAUGCAGAGGUUCAGUUACCCCGAGCGCCCCAUCAUCUUCCUGUCGGGCUGUUACACCAUGGUGGCCAUUGCCUACAUCGCCGGCUUCCUACUGGAAGAGAGGGUGGUCUGCAACGAGAAGUUUGCAGAGGACGGCUACAAGACCGUUGCCCAGGGAACCAAGAAAGAAGGCUGCACUAUCCUCUUCAUGAUGCUCUACUUCUUCAGCAUGGCCAGCUCGAUCUGGUGGGUGAUCCUGUCCCUCACUUGGUUCCUGGCAGCCGGGAUGAAAUGGGGUCAUGAGGCCAUCGAGGCCAACUCGCAGUAUUUCCACCUGGCCGCCUGGGCAGUGCCGGCCAUCAAGACCAUCACCAUCCUGGCCGUGGGCCAGGUGGACGGGGAUGUGCUGAGCGGGGUCUGCUUCGUGGGCCUCAACAAUGUGGACGCGCUGCGGGGCUUCGUGCUGGCGCCGCUCUUCGUCUACCUUUUCAUCGGCACCUCCUUCCUGCUGGCCGGCUUCGUGUCCCUCUUUCGCAUCCGGACCAUCAUGAAGCACGACGGCACCAAGACCGAGAAGCUGGAGAAGCUGAUGGUCCGGAUCGGCAUCUUCAGCGUCCUCUACACCGUGCCGGCCACCAUCGUCAUCGCCUGUUACUUUUACGAGCAGGCUUUCCGCCAGCAGUGGGAGAAAAGUUGGGUCAGCCAGGCUUGCAAAAGUUACGCCAUCCCCUGUCCCCACAGUGAGCAUCCCCACAUGAGGCCGGAUUUCACCGUCUACAUGAUCAAAUACCUCAUGACACUUAUAGUGGGCAUCACCUCAGGCUUUUGGAUCUGGUCUGGUAAGACUUUACAUUCAUGGCGCAAGUUCUACACUAGACUCACAAACAGUAAGCACGGGGAGACGACAGUGUGAGAAGCUUUUUAAUCACCAUUCCAAGAGGGAGGGAGAUGUGACAGACUAUAUUUCAAGUACUGUACAUUGUAAAUAGCACUUGUAAGAUUUUUGUAAUUAUAUAUUUGUAUUUAAAAUAUCACCUCCAGAGGUGUAUCUUGUUUCCCCAAUGUGUGGAGGAUUUUUUUUUCUCUUCUUGUGGGGGAAAGCACUGGUUGUUUCAGUGCUCGGAAACCAAGGAUUGUCGUAACUCAACCUGUAGUCGAACACCGAGAAGGAACUGCAAAUGAGUCAGACUCGAAAGUUAAUCCUGGUGCCUGCCAACUCGCAUGUCUGAAUGUUGAACCUUUCGAGACAUAAAUUGGACCUGGAGGCAAUGGGACAAUUAGUCUUACCCCGGAAUGAAAGGCUUCCCUUGGGUCCUAACGCCAACCAUGCUAACAUCGCUAUUUGUUACACAACUUUAGAACAAUUGAAUCGAAGGGUAAAUUAAAAUAAAUUAGACUAAAUAAUGGUUUUAUGCAUUACUUUCACCUCUGGACACCAAUGUUACAAUCUAGCAUGAUCCAAAUCUGACGGGUGUCCUGCUUCCCAAAUAGUAAAGUUAAUUAAUUUUGGUUGACUUACAUAUUAAUCUAUCCCAACUGGUUUUGUAAAAAAUGCCAGAUCAAAAUGAGUCUGAAAUUAUACAGGGCGUAGGAGCACUUCGUUUUGCUAUUUAUUUUGAUUAAUUCCUCAAUUGCCAGUAGUAAUUUCAUUGGCUGGUGCUCCAGUAAAAAAAAAACUCAAUUUAAGUUAAUUUAGCCAUAUUGAAAGAUCACCCUCAAUGCAUCUUUGUUAUAGAUUGUUUUGACUUGACUUUGCUUCAACACUUUUGUUGGAGAGAUUUUCUGUAGGAUCACAUAAAGGAAUUGUUUAAAAGCCUAAAAAAACAGGUGGCAAUGUUUAUAUUUAACAGGCAUUGAACAGCUGAAUAAGCAAAAUUAAUACUCUUGGUAGCCUUUUUUUGUUUUUUUUUAAGAGCAGGGGGAAUGGUGAACGUCAGAAUCAUGUAAACGGGAUUGAGCUGAGGGUAAUGUUAGGACCCAGAGGUAGUGUUGUUAUGGGGUAGAGCAUAAUAAGACUCAAAUCAAUGUUUUAUUAGUGCUAAAAUGAGCCCAUUCCCAUUCUAUUCCCAGUGAGUGGUCCAGAAAACAGAUUACCUGUAGAAAUAAUCUGUAGUACCAUACCCAGCACAUUUAAUCCAUUGAUUGAAGUUUGGGGCAUUUGUCUGAAAAUGGCAAAUGCCUUUUUCUUUUCCAUUGUGCGAUAUUACAAGCAUUUUAGUACAAGCAUUUUAAAAGCACCAUAACUGCACAUACAGACAUUUUUAUUGUACUGUAUUUUAAGAUAAUUUGCAUGAUUGUUAUCAAAUAAUUAAUAGGAGUCUGUAGCCAUAACACCAUACAAGCCUGUACUCAUGGUUCAAAUUCAUUAUUGGCUUCAAGUCCCCGAUGAGCAAAAAUUGUCUGAACUUGGUAUUCAUUUAUUCUUGUUCACCAUUACAGAAUCCUUUAUAUUUAUAGAUCAAUAGAAAAGUUUAUAUAUUCCAUAUUUUUAAUUUCUUUGAAAUAAAACUUCCAACUUUUUGUACAAAAA